AUGGCUCCAUUUUGUGCCCAGAGGCGCAUGAAGCUGAUGGCCCUACAGCUGCUGCUGUGGCACAGUGCACUGUGGUCAGGACAAGAGGCCAUCCCCCUGGUCACUGUCAGCUCCCUGCCACCAUCCCUGCCUUUGCCCCGAAGCUUCCUGCUUAAGUCCUUGGAGCAAGUGAGGAAGAUUCAGGCCAGCAGCUCGGAGCUGUUGGAGCAGUUGUGUGCCACCUACAAGCUGUGUCACCCCGAGGAGCUGGUGCUGAUUGGCCACUCUCUGGGUAUCCCGAGGGCCCCCCUGAGAGGCUGCUCUAGCCAGGCCCUGCAGCAGACAAAGUGCCUGAGGCAACUCCACAGCGGCCUCUUCCUCUACCAAGGUCUCCUGCAGGCCCUGGCAGGCAUUUCCCCCGAGGUGGCCCCCACCUUGGAAAUGCUUCAGCUGGAUGUUGCCAACUUUGCCACCACCAUCUGGCAGCAGAUGGACAGCCUGGGGGUGGCCCCUGCGGCGCAGCCCACCCGGAGCACCACGCCAACCUUCACGUCAGCCUUCCAGCGCCGGGCAGGAGGUGUCCUGGCCACUUCGUACCUGCAGAGCUUCCUAGAGAUGACGCACCAUGCUCUGCAGCACUGGGCCUAG